ACAUGAUGCAGUAGCUUUGGUUUUCGCUGCGAGGCAUGAAAAGGUACCUGCCGUAUUCGAAGGCCUCCUUCAUACAUAAGAAUUCAAAGCCUACCGAGUAGGUAGGCAUUCAUUAGAAUUCAGCGACUGGUAGCACAACCAACAUAGGUCACGCAUAAAAAGUUUAGCAAGUAAAGGCGUUACUAGCCCUUUCCGGGCAGUUUCACUUUUGACGCCGACAAAUGGCUGAUAGGGGACGAAAGGCGUUCCCAGUCUCAUCGCAUCUGUGCGAUGAGCGCUGGCAACGACACUGUAUGGAUCUUCACAAGCAGCGGCUUGCUGAUAUGAAGCACCGUAUCGAUAACACGAAGCCAGAGACGUUCGACUUGGUGCUCUCGAAGGGCAAGCGUCAAAUGCUGGACAAGGAGCGCCAGACAGAGGUCGACCGGGAGAACGCUAUUCUGCUGCAGAAAAUGGUACGCAUUAAGGAGCAGGAUACACGGGCGGUUUUCCGGCCAUGGACAGCGCGUUCAACCUUUCAAUGGAAGGUCGGGCAUUACUAUGACCCUGCAACCAACACAAAGACGCUCGACCACAUCAACCUCACCAGCAGCGUUUCGCCCCGCUCCAUCCACUACUUCGCGCUCACCCGCCCCGGCACCGCGCCGCCUGACGUCACAGCCCGCCUACGCGACAUGGAGAUCCAGGUCGACAAUACAAAGCUGCUGAGGGCCAUCACCACCAUGCGCUCACGGUACAGUGUAGAGAAGCUUGAGCGGCAGCACAACGAAGAGAGCAUCCUCGUCAACCGCAUCUCGAACUUCCGUGGACCGGAACACGCCAGGUACCACCCUCCGGGCCGCAGCACAAGCGCCACCCGCAACUCUGCCUACCUUGCUCCCCUGCCCGGCCGCUCAACCAGCACCAGCCGUCCGCUGCGGACUGCUCCCGCGCACCUGGGCUCAAGCAUGCCCGCGCCCCUCUCCCAGCAGCAGUACUAUGAGGAGGCGCAGAACCGCGACAUCCCGGUGCCGCUGUCGCGCGGCAGCUCACGCACCGGUAUCUCCACCGUUGUCGGACCCACCCGCGCUUCUCCGGAAGGCCUGGCCGAGGCAUCGCCGCGCCGUAGCAGCUCCUCGCACGCCGAAGACUCGGCUGCUGCCGCCGAGGCUGCCAUUGCCGCGCGGCGCGCCAGUGGCAGUGCCGCAGGCAGCCGCACAGGUAGCCGCGCAGGCAGCAACGCUGGCAGCCACGCCGGAAGCCGCGCUGGCAGCCACGCCGGAAGCCUCGCCGGAAGCCACGCCGGAAGCCGCUCGGGCAGCCAGGCGACUAGUCGCCCCACCUCUGCCUCUGCUGCCGCUACAUUUUCUUUCGGCGCGCAGCAGGAGGAGCAGCAGCAGGAGGAGAACCCGGUCGAGCCACAUCAGGAGCAGGCGACGCAGCACCAUCCGGAGGAACAGCAAGAGGCGGGCAGCGAGGGGCGACGGGCGUCCUCGAGCUCCCAGCAACAGGUCGGCGGCGCCUCUUCGGCCGCCGGUGCCAGCAGUGGUGGGGCGGACCACAGCGGUGAUGAUUACGGUGAUGACCAGUACGAGCAAGACGAGGGCCAGUUUGAGCAGGAGCAAGAGCAGCGGCAGCAGGAGGAGGACGCUGGCAGGUAUGAGCAUCAGCAGGAGGAGGAAGAGGAGGAGGAGAGGGAGGCGCAGACGCGUGCUAGCAGCGGAAGUUACGGCGGCGGUUCUCAGGGCUCCCAGGGCGCGGCCGAGGAGGAGGCUGGCGAUGAUAGCUUUGAGGAGGCGUUUGACCAGGACGCCGACGCUGCUGCUGCUGCUGCAUCGGCGUCGGGCGCUGCGGAGGAGGACGAUGCCCCUGCUGCGGAUGAGGAGCCGGAAGGGGGCGCGCAGGAGGAGGAGACGUACGGCAGUGACGGCGAUGCGGCGGCGGCAUCGUACGACGAGGAAGGAUCCGCAGCAGGUGCUCCUGCCGAGCCCGAAGCGGAAGCGAGCCAGGCUAGUGCAGCGGCUUCAAGCGGAAAGGCUGGUUCGGAGCCUGAAGCUGAAGCUGAGGCUGAGGUGGCUGAACCAGAACCUGAGCAGGAGGCAGAAGAGGCGGAGGCCAAGGCGCAGCCCGAGUCCAGGGAGGAGGAGGCGGAGGAUGGCUAUGGCGUUGACGCGGAUGCGGAGGCAGGCCUGCGUGACGAGAUGGCGGCUGCGGAGGAGGCAGAGAUGAACACGCAGUUUGCGGCGGAGAUGGCCACUGAUGCCGCAGGUGACUUUGCUGCUGGCGCUGAUAUGUACGGGGCUGCUGCGCCUGAAGCAGGAGGUGACGCUGGAAGCACGGGUGCCGGGCCGCAUGAUACCACCGCGUCACCCAAGGUCGGCGGUUUCGCUGAGGAUUGGGAUUAGAGGAGUUGCCUCGCAUUGUGAUCCCAAGUUUGCUUGUGUGCAAGUGUAGUCUAAUACAUGGUUUUUGAACUCUUCUAGGCUUUAAUCUGCUGGGUUGCUGCUUUGUAAGAAGGGCAGCUUUGUGAAAAUGCUGCAGUACGCUUCAGCUGCGGUUUUAUUUUAGCAUGAUGUGACGGGAGGGAGGGGCGAACAUGCGUAAAAUACGGAGGGUAUCUUGGGUGCAAAGGAGAGCGGGUUGCAGGGCCGUAUGCGUGGCCCUUUGCAUGUAGUCAACCUAAGGAUGUAGAGUUAGUAGUAGCAGGGCUGCUGGGAUUUGGCGGUGUAUAACAGUGGCGCGUCCCGAGUUACGUGAUGAGUUUUUAGGUUUCUAGGCUAGAGUGUGGCAGGGAGGUAUUUCUAUCUCGACACAACUAGGCGGGCGCAAACGCCCAAUCUGUGGCUCCUCCGCCUUUGUCUGAGGCGGUUUGGCUCGGUGCGUGCAGGCUGUGCAUGUGUCUGGCCGUGGGCAGGGAGGGUGAGUGCGCGGGGUUUCAUAAGCAACUUGGUAACCAACAAUGUUAGAUGAUGCAUCUGCUGCAGUGUUGCGUCCUCCCCAGCUGGAAUAUGUCUGUACGGGCGGGAACCUUUUACACGCAAAUG